UCUGCACUGCCGCCUCCUGGCCACACACACACACACACACACACACGCACACACACACACACAAGUAUAGACACACACGCACGCGCGCACACGCGCUAUAAACGACCGUGCGGCUCGCGCGCUCCACUCAGAGCCGAACGAAAGCGAGACGAGAGAGAGAGAGAGAGAGAGAGAGAGAGAGAGAGAGAGAGAGAGUAGAGGGGGGACACCAGGCUGAGAGGAAUGGCGCGUUUCGCCCUCUUCCUCUUCCUCCUCUUCUUCUUCUCCUUCUUCUUCUCGCUGCUGCUGUGCAAAGGCGCGCGGACCGAGGAGGACAGGCACGCGGCGGCAGCGGCGGCGGCGGCGGACAGCAGCGGCGCGUGCCAGCUGAAGACCGUGACCGUGUCCACGCUGCCCGCGCUCAGGGACAACGAGUUCAGCUUCAGCGCGGCUCCAGGCUCGGGCAGCGCGAGCGCAGGUGCAGGGGGGGAGUCCCGGCUGCUGCUGCUGGUCAGGACGGACGUCCCGGGCCACAUCUCUGUACUGGACGACCUGGACAACACGGCGCUGCCCUACUUCACCCUGGAAAUGUCAGGCACCAGUGCGGAUAUCUCCCAAGUGCACUGGAAGCAGCAGUGGCUGGAGAAUGGCACUCUCUUCUUCCACGUGUCCAUGAGCAAUCCGGAGCAGCUGGCCCAGGCCACACAGCCCACAGUGCGAGAACCUGCUCAGGGCCUACAUGAGCACAUGCACCUGCUGCACAUCUCCGUCAUGGGUGGCUUGAUUGCUCUCCUCCUCCUCAUCCUCCUCUUCACUCUGGUGCUGUACACUCGUCAGCGCUGGUGCCGGCGCCGCCGGGCUCCACAGAAAAGUGCCAGCACCGAGGCCACCCACGAGAUCCAUUACAUCCCCUCUGUCCUGCUCGGACCCCCGCAGGCUCGGGAUGGCUUCAGGGGUCCACGGCCCCACCAGCACACCUCUGUCAUUGGUAUGCCGAUCCGUGAGACCCCCAUCCUGGACGACUGUGACUGUGAGGAUGAAGACCAGCCAGGGCAGCUACUGGAUGGAAAGGCCCAGCUGGAGGAGGACUUCAGCAGCCAGGGCACACGCAGCGUGGACAGCCUGGGGAAAGGUGGAGGAGAGUUCAAUCAUAAACACAGCCUGGACAACAGAGUGAUGGACCCAAAGCAGGAGACGGUGGAGGCUCUGAUGCAGAGGUUCAAGGAGAGUUUCCGCACCAACACCACCAUGGAGAUCACACACUUCCAAAACGUCACCCACAGCUCCUCCACCGGCCGCAAACGAGGACCGACUCACAACCGAGCAGGUGGUGUCUUCGGACGUCAGGUAGACCCUGGAUUAGAGGUGGAUGAUGAGAAUCAGAUGAAAUUCUACACAGAACACAGAGGACGCCGCCGCAGCAAAGGUUGUCCACAGAGCCCAAUGAGUAAGGCCACUCUGACGCUGAUCACUGUGAGCACGUGUGUGUUGGCCGUAGUCUACGGCUCUCAGACCACCUGCCCGCUCACCGUUAAGAUCACCCUCCACGUCCCUGAGCACUUCAUCGCUGAUGGGAGCAGUUUCGUGGUCAGCAUGGGCAGUUAUCUGGAUGUGUCGAACUGGCUGAACCCAGCGAAGCUGACCCUCUACUACCAAAACAACUCAACUUCUCAGUGGGUCAGAGAUUACUGUGGUCAGCGGACCACUGAACCCUGCGAACAGCUGUGUGACCAGGACACCGGUGAAUGUGGCUGUUUGGAGGGUUACUCUCCUGACCCAGAACACAAACACCUCUGUGUCCGCACUGACUGGGGCCGCAAUGAAGGGCCGUGGCCAUACUCAAACCUGGAGAGGGGUUACGACCUGGUCACAGGGGAGCAGGCACCAGAGAGGAUCUUCAGGUCAUCCUACAGCCUGGGCCAAGGCCUUUGGCUGCCGGUCAGCAAGAGCUUUGUGGUGCCUCCCGUUGAGCUGUCCAUCAACCCUAUCGCCAGCUGCAAGACGGACGUGCUGGUCACAGAGGACCCGGGGGAAGUCCGGGAGGAGGCCAUGAUGUCCACUUACUUUGAGACGGUGGAUGAUUUGCUGGCAUCAUUCGGGCCUGUGAGGGACUGCUCCAAAGACAACGGCGGCUGCAGGAAAAACUUCAAGUGUGUUUCGGACAGACGGGUGGACUCUACGGGCUGCAUGUGCCCUGAAGGCUUGCGGCCCAUGAAGGAUGGCUCGGGUUGCUAUGACUACUCACUGGGCACGGACUGUACGGACGGUUUUAAUGGCGGUUGUGAACAGCUCUGCCUCCAGCAGUUGGUGCCCCUGCCGGACGAUCCGACGUCCAGCAACGUGCUCAUGUUCUGCGGGUGUGUGCAGGAGUACAAGCUGGCAGCAGAUGGCCGCUCCUGCCUCCUCCUGGCUGAUAACUGUGAAGGGCCCAAGUGUCCACGCCAGGACACACGCUUCAACGACACACUCUUCAGCGAAAUGCUGCAUGGCUACAACAACAAGACCCAACAGGUCAACCUGGGACAAGUCUUCCAGAUGACCUUCCGGGAUAACAACUUCAUCAAAGACUUCCCUCAGCUGGCAGACGGACUGAUGGUCAUCCCCCUGCCGGUCGAAGAGCAGUGUAGAGGAGUGCUGUCCGAACCACUGCCCAACCUGCAACUCCUCACAGGAGAUGCCCAGUUCAGUGAGGGGAUGGGGUAUCCCAUGGUGCAGCAGUGGCGGGUCCGCAGCAACCUCUACAAAGUUAAACUCAGUGCCAUCACACUGUCUACAGGCUUCUCUAAGGUCCUGAAGGCCAUGACGGCAGACAGCACUCGAGAUGAACUGCUCUCCUUCAUCCAGCAGUACGGCAGCCAUUACAUCUCUGAGGCACUCUACGGCUCCGAGCUCACCUGCAACAUCUACUUCCCCAGCAAAAAGACCCAGCAGCAGCUCUGGCUCCAGUAUCAGAAAGAGGCGACAGAUCAGGGCAGCCGGCGGGAGCUGAAGGCCGUCCCGUUCAUCAGCUACCUGUCCGACCUGCUGAAGUCCCAGCUGCUGUCAGAUGACCUGGUGUCUGGUGUGGAGAUCCGCUGCCAGGAGAAGGGCGUGUGCCCCACAGCGUGUCACCUAUGCAGACAGGCAGGACGAGAAAGCCCCAGCCCCACCCCCGUCCUGAUGGAGGUCAGCCGCAUUGUGCCUCUCUACAGCCUUGUGCAAGACAAUGUCACCAAAGAGGCCUUCAAGAGCGCCGCCAUGAGCUCAUAUUGGUGCGCUGGCAAAGGCGAUGUCAUCGACAACUGGUGCCGCUGCGACCUGAGUGCUUUUGGCAAAGACGGCCUGCCCAACUGCAGCCCCCUGAGGCAGCCUGUGAUGAGGUUGGCUCCUCACUUUGAGCCAUCUAGCACAGUGGUGGGUUUGGAGUGGGUGGAUGUGGAGCCUCUGAUUGGCUACAAGGUGGCAGAUUACAUCAUUCAGCACAAGCGUAUUGAAGACCCAUCAGAGGCAGAAAUCUACACAGGAGAGGUGCUGAGUCUGGUGGACGACUUGUUCUCAGGCUUGGGUUCCUCAUGUGUGGUGCCAGGAAGAAGAAGUGGAGAACAUCCUCACACAGUUAUCUACUCACUGAUCUUCAAGUGCCUGGAGCCUGACAGCCUCUACAAGUUCACUCUCUAUGCUGUAGAUAGCCGUGGUAGCCGGUCAGACUCUACCUAUGUGACCGUGCGCACCUCCUGCCCGAUGGUGGACGACAGCAGAGCAGAAGAGGUAGCAGACAAAGUGUACAACCUGUACAACGGCUACACCAGCGGCAAGGAGCAGCAGACGGCCUACAACACGCUGAUGGAGAUUACACCGCCCAUGCUGUACCGGGUGCAGCACCAUUACAACUCGCACUACGAGAAGUUCGGGGACUUUGUUUGGAGGAGUGAGGACGAACUGGGACCCAGGAAAGCUCACCUGAUCCUGAGGCGUGUUGACCGGAUCAGCCUGCUCUGCCGCUCUCUGCUGCGGAGCGGCUACAUCCAGAGCCGGACGGAGAGCGUGCCGUAUGUGAUGUGCCGAAGCGAGGAGGUGCGGCCGGCGGGCAGCGUGUGGCACAACUCGCUGCAUGACACACGGCUGGCCUGCGUGGAGAAACUGCUGUCCGUCCAGCGCAACAUAUAUGGCAAGUCCAAACUGCGGUGAGACACGGUCCGGACCUUUCGGACUUCUCCUCGACCUCUCGCUCACUCCGGUCUCUCAGUUGACUGUUCUUUUUUCUAAAAACCCAUACGAAGUCUGAGACUGUUCAACCUUUUCACAAAAAGAGAGAAGGGGCUUUUUUUUCAAUGCACGGCCCUUCAAACUGUUUUUUUUUUUUUUUUUCCAGCGAGGAGAAGCAGGUAGCAUUAGCAGCCUGGAGAAUAACAGCUGAUUUGAUUUCUACUUUUCUUUUGUAAGGACUCUGGUUGUGAGAGUGGCCAAAGCACUCUUACAAGCACGCUGAAUAAAGGGAUGCAUCGAAACGACUUGAUUCAAAUGCGCGUCAUUUCCACAUUAUUGAAAUAUGUUACUCCAACACAGUUUUGUCUUUUAGUCUAUGAACUUCUGUGUGGAUGUGAUACAGUUUAUGUGGAACUGAUGUGCACUUUUGAAUAAAGGAGUUUCAGUGGAGCGCUUUUUUCAGUGUAGGUGGACUCUAUAGGACUGAAUGUAAGGUUCCCAUGUCAUGGUGCUGCAAGUCUCAAACACCUGUUGGACGGCGAACCGAAACGACUUUCCAAACAUAUCUCUAGGGAAAACCCAGCAGGGCAGAGAACAAGUGACAUUGAAACAUCGAAACCACAAAGGCCUACAUCAUCUUAAAGGCAAUGCAAAGGCCUGACGAAUUAUUCUGCCCAACAUUUAAGGGACUUUUUGAUGUCUGUACUUCACAUCUACCCAUCAUUCUCCUUCAUGAAGCUUCUCAUAUUCCCAGUCGGGCCCGACUGAUAUGAGCAUUGUGUUUUCGAUACAAUACAGAUUUUAAGGAUGAUGGCCGAUGAUUUUGGUCAAUGUUUUUAUAAUUGUAUUUGAUUUGGAAUACCACACUGUGCAAAAGUCAGAGACCGUUAUUUCAUUUAUUUCAUUUCUAAUCAAAACAGACAAAAUUAUUUAUUUUUCAGCCUCA